UUUCAAUACUUAAUUAAGAAUCUAAAUAUAUUUGAGAAAAUAAUGGCAACAUCAAAAAGUUGGGAUCCGGAAGAAUAUGGUCUAGACAAGGGAUUUCGAUUGACCAAUUAUACUGGAUUAAAAGGAUGAGGGUGUAAAGUUCCUCAGAAGACUCUGCUCAAACUUCUUGAGGGACUCACCAACGACCAAUCUGUACAAAAGAAUGGAUUACCAACUAUUGGAAUUGGACUUGAUGCUUGUGUUAUACCUUUACGAUUUGGAGACUUUUCAUUGUUACAAACCACAGAUUUUUUCUAUCCGUUAGUGCAUGACCCAUAUGUAAUGGGGAAAAUAGCUUGUGCAAAUGUUUUAAGUGAUUUAUAUGCAAUGGGUGUUUUAGAAUGUGACAAUAUGUUGAUGCUCUUAGGCACGAGCUCAAAAUUUACUGACAAAGAAAGAGAUAUUGUGAUACCACUGAUGAUACAAGGUUUCCAUGAUUUGGCAACUGAAGCCGGUACUUCGGUCACGGGAGGUCAAACUGUAAUCAAUCCUUGGUGUCUGAUUGGUGGUGUAGCAACAUCAGUAUGCAAAAACGAUGAAUUUAUUGUACCAAAUCAAGCAAUUGAAGGGGAUUUACUGGUUUUAACUAAACCACUUGGUACCCAACCCGCUGUUAACGCGUAUCAAUGGAUGGGCGAAGGUAAUCAGCACUGGGACACAAUAAAGGAUAUAAUAACAAAAGAAGAGGCAGAAAAGGCGUACAACACCGCCAUGACACAUAUGUCGAGAUUGAACAAGAUCGCUGCUCAGUUGAUGCACAAACACGGGGCCCAUGCUGCCACUGACGUUACAGGAUUCGGAAUUGUUGGGCAUGCAAACAAUUUAGCAAAGGAACAACUUGAAAACGUUACUUUUGUCAUACACACUUUGCCAAUACUAAGAAAAAUGUACGCUGUAAAUGCGGCAAGUCCAAUAAAGUUUGGUUUGGAUAAAGGAAAUUCAGCUGAAACAUCUGGUGGAUUACUUAUUGCAUUGCCCCGUAACGAAGCCGAACAAUAUUGCAUAGAGAUUGAAAACAUUGAGGGCCAUAAAGCGUGGAUAAUUGGUUCUGUAGAAAAAGGUGAAAAAACUGCAAAAAUCGUCGAGAAACCUGUGAUAUUAGAGAUUGACUGAUAUAGAUUUUAAAAGGUUUGUCUAACAAAGAACAUCUGAUUGCUGCUAUUAAUAAUUGAAAAACAAAUGACAUCCACUUUUUUAUUUUGCAUGUUGCUGCGUUUAGUAAA